GGCCAUUUCAAAGCUUAGGAUCAUCCCGUAUGUGGAGCAUUUUGAGACUCUUGACGAUCUUGCUGUGUCAUUUUGUAGUGUUCGUACGGCAGAAUGGUGUUUGCCGUUGGUCCAUCUCAACGAUGCCUUGGCCUUGGUGAUACAGCUGGCUCAAGAUUACGCAUCUAAGCAGCGGCAGUAUUCGUUACUACCUAUUUAUGUGAGACUUGUGAAAACGGACGAUCUGUUCAUGAGCCCUGCGAGCAAGUUCAGACCAGAUGGAUCUACAAGCGAAGAAAACUGCUACAUUGAGGUACCAUUCCUCCCCGGAGCUUUUGGCAUUGACGAGUUUCAAGAGGUGGUGGAAGACGCUCUCUACACAAAGUUCAAGGCGAGGCCACACUGGGGAAAGAACAACCGGCUUAACGACAGGAAGAUCCACGACUGCUACGACAAUGACAAGCUGAAAAAGUGGAAACAAGUGUUCCAGCUGUUCAACAAAGGAGGGCCGUUUAACAACCGUUUUACUCACAACAUGGGGUUUGACUCGUUUCUGAUCGACCAACAACCUACACGCCUGGGAACACAACUUACGGCGGGCACCGCCACCUCCUGCGAGUGAGGAGGGGAGGGGAAGGGGAGGUUGAAGGCAUUAUAUCCGAGAUUUCUCGCCCGCUAAUGACAGUAGUGUUGUAGAGUGAGUAGCAAACACGAUAAAUGAAGGUGUUAAAGGGUUUAUGCGUGACACGCGAUGAGUGCAAAUAAUUAUGUGAAGCGUAAAAAGUAACUAAAAGACGUGAAAGACAUAAGUGAUUCGUGACUGCGCCUCGUCAACUUUGUUCUUUCAUAGAAAACGCAGGCUCUUAAUCUAAUUGUCAAGUAGAAACACGAUUUUUAACAAAUUGGUGCUGGUAGUUUCUUUGAGUUAUUUCUUAAUUCUUCCUAAUUGUUACAAACUGUUGCAGUUGGUCACGUUCGAUAUAUCAAUAUUCUAACGUGGCCCCGAGGCUUUCAGGACAAACUUCUAUAUAUGGUGGUGUUUUC